AUGGCCGGCGGCAAUAUCGAGGCGCCGCCGCUGGUACUGCCGAAGGAGCAGGUGGACUUGAUACGAGCGACGUUCGCGUCCAAGAUAGAACCCGAUGUGUCUAAACACGCCCUCGAACUUUAUAUCAAGUUGUUAGAGCUGAUACCCGAGGCAAAGCAAAUGUUUUCCAUGACGCGUCGAGCCAAGGAGCCGCACCGCGAAAACAAGCUGCUGCAAGCACAUGCCACCACGGCCAUGCGCAUGGUGUGUGCAGCAGCAGUGAAGCUCGACAAGCAGAAGGAGGUUCGGUCUUUAAGGACAACUCUAGCAGACCUUGGUUCUCGACACUUGCUAUUCGGCGUCACAAGCGAACACGCCCCGAAGCUAAGAGCCGCCUUUGUGGCAGUGAUCUCGGAUGCCCUAGGGGAGGAGUGGGGAGGAGAUGUGGAGCAAGCCUGGGUGGCUGCUUACAAUGCCAUAGAGUACAUGUUCCUAGUUGGAUUCCUAGGCCUGCAAGAAUAG